CAUUAACAGAGGGAUGAGUCUGCUCUGUUCAGGGAGGGGCAGAAAAUCAGAAGUUACACUCAUUCAUACAACAGAAGGAGCGUGGCUGCUCACUGAGAAGUGUUGCACUCACUUGUUUGUACUUCAUCCGUAGCAAAUUUGCAGUCAAGGACUCACAUCCCCUCAUUUCCUCUCCACCUGUUCCUGGCCUGCCACUAGACUUUUCUGCAUUCUGCAGAUUGCUGCUGCAUGCCACAGAGAGCCUUAUAUGCUACAGUGCCUGCAAAAUUGGAGGUCACGGAGAACAGGAGAGGUGCCUGAGGAUCAGAGGAAAGCCAAAGUCACUCCAGUCUUCAAAAAGGGCAAGAAGGAUGAGCUGGGAGACUACAGGCUAGCCAGCCUCACCUCCAUCCUUGGGAAGGUGAUGAAGCAGCUUAUUCUGGAUGUCAUCACCAAGCAAGUGGAAGAGAAGAAGGUUAUCAGGAGUAGUCAGCAUGGAUUCACAAGGGAAAUCAUGCUUGACCAAUCUGGUAGCUUUCUAUGACAUCAUGAUCAGCUGGGUAGAUGAGGGAAGAAAAGUGGAUGUUGUGUACCUUGAUGUCAGCAAGACUUUAGACACUGUCUCCAUACAUCCUCAUGGGUAAGCUCAGGAAAUGUGGAAUAGACAACUGGACAGUGGACUGAGAACUGGCUGGCUGGCAUAGCUCAGAGAGCUGUGAUCAGCAGCAGAGAGUUUUAGUUGGAGGCCUAUAACUAGUGGUGUUCCCCAGGGGUUGGUUCUGGGUUCGGUCUUGUUCAAUAUCUUCAUCAGUGACCUGGAUGAAGAGAUAAAGUGCACCCUUAGCAAUUUUGCAGAUAAUUCUAAACUGGGAGGAGUGGCUGAGUGCAUCCAGCAGGUUGAAGGAGGUGAUCUUCCCCCUCUACUAAGCCUGUACAUCUGAAGUACUGUGUCCAGUUCUGUGCUCCUCAUUUCAAGAAAAGACAGGGAGCCUCUGGAGAGGGUCCAGUGGAGGGCCACGAAGAUGAUGAUGGGCCUGGUGCAUCUCCCUUAUGAGGAAAGGCUGAGAGGCCUGGAGAAGAGCAGACCAAGAGAGGACAUUAUCAAUGUUUAUAAGUAUCUAAAGGGCAGGAGCUGCAGGGUUAGACUAAAUGAUCCCCAGAGAUCACUUCCAACCACUACAAUUCUCUGAUUCUGUGAAGAUGCUGGCAACAAAACUCUCCUGCUGUAUUUGCAUUUUAAACAGACAGAAGGAAUAAAUCAAUAAGCCAGUUUCAACUUCUUACCACUGAUUUUUUUUUUUUUCGUUUUUAAAGCUUUUGUGUAGUCUUAUAUCCUUCUUUAUGUAAUACAAAGAUAAGAAGCAGUAACUUGUGUAUAAGAUGACUUAAUGUUGUUUCUCUAAGCAAACAAAACAUACAAUAAUAAUAUUUAUAUUUCAGCCUUUUCCUUUUCAGUUUUAAAAAUGUCUGGUAUCACUACCACUUAUGUUGAUGCUAAUAAAUAAGACCAAGACUAACUAAGACCUCAAUCCAAGUGCCUGGAUGUAUAUCAACACUGAACAAAAAAGUUCUUGAACUGGGCAGCACAGAUUGUGGUGACUAGAGAGUUUAUUCUAUUGUCUAGGGGGAAGGAAUGUUCAAAGUUUGCUUUGAAUAAACUUGAAUCAAACCUCCCUUCAUCCUGACAAAUUUUCUGGUGGAUUAGAAGCCUUAUACUGCUCAGAGAAGUAGGCAUGUCGUAAGAGGCAGAGCAUGGACACAGUAUGACACGGUGGGAGAGUGGUGUAGUGGUUCCUUGCACUUAUUCCAAAGUGACACGACUAUGGUUAGCUGACCCUGAUCCCAAAAAGGAAAGGAAAGGAGAAAUUUUUCAUGUCUGUGAAAAGCUGACAAACUGUAAACCCAGGACAACAACGUAGGACAACAGCAAGCACGCAAGCUGAAAACAUUGGUAGAAAUAUAACUGCAAGGAUGCUCAGGUCCUUGUUUAGUUUUAAGCUGUAUCUACAAUUGCUUAUGGGCAAAAGAAGGACUGGUUAUCGUAGGAAACCAUGAAUUAGAAAUGGAAGUGUGGAGGCCUGCAGUGACUCAUUUCAGCCCUAAGAUCAUAGGUGAUGUCAUUUAUGGACAAUUUGAUCAUACCAGGAUGUGGCUAUAAUUUACAAAUAAGAGAAAGCGUAAACUUUCAGAACCUGAAAUAUUACAUCAUGCUUAUAAUUCCAAUACUUUUGUAAUUGGAAAUAUUGCCAUGGGCUAAACAGUCUUGCCUCAAGGAAUGUUUAUGCUAUUUUUUUGUAAGUGUAAUUCAAACAUCUCAUCAUUAAUUGAAUGAUACCAAGAAGAAACUAUCAAACAAAAUGGUUACCAUCACACCUGAAAACGUUACACAACUUUACAAUGUUGUGGCCACACAGGAGUUUACAAUCAGUUCAGCAGAUUUCCACAAUAAUUCAAGUGUGCAUCAAAUGAAUGAAUAUGAAUGUAUUAAUCCAGAUGCAUGGAAAUGGCUACAGACUUAUCAGCCUGGAUUCCUUUGGAUUAUAUUUAUUCUGGGAACAAUAGAAAAUGCCUUUGUCCUUAUUGUCCUGUGCUUCCACAAGAGUCGCUGCUCUGUGGCUGAAAUUUACCUAGCAAACAUGGCAUUUGCUGAUCUAAUGUUUGUCUGUUCUUUACCUUUCUGGGCCAUUAAUAUUUCUAAUAACUUUCAGUGGCCUUUUGGCCUGUUCCUCUGUAAAGCUGUCAACACAAUCAGCUACAUGAACUCUUACUCUAGCAUUUAUUUUCUGACAUUAGUGAGCAUCGACCGCUAUCUGGCCUUGGUAAAAACCAUGUCUCUGGGACGGAUGCGGCGAACAGCCUGUGCCAAGUGGAACAGCUUUAUAAUCUGGAUGUGUGCAUUGUUCAUAUGCUCACCUACAAUGGUGUUCCGAAACUUACAGUAUUUCAAAGAGUACAACAUCACAGCCUGCUCUCUUGAUUAUCCAAACCCCUACUGGCACCCUGCAAACAAUUGCCUGCUGAAUACUGUGGGCUUCAUGAUCCCACUCUGUGUAAUUACCUAUUGCACUACUCAGAUCACCAAGGCCUUACGAAGUAAUGAGUUACAAAAACUGAAGUUAAUCCAGACAGAGAGGAAAGCUACCUUGCUGGUCCUUGCUGUGCUCUUGCUGUUUGUCAUUUGCUGGCUUCCAUUCCAGAUCAGCACCUUCAUCGAUACAGUCUGCUACCUAGUAGGGAAUUUGAAAUGCCUUGAAGAAAUCAAUGAUAUUGUGACCCAGAUGGCAAUGUACUGCGCCUUUAGCAACAGUUGCUUGAACCCAGUCCUGUACGUUAUUGUUGGGAAGCACUUCCAGAAGAAGGCAGUGGAAUUCUACAAAGACUUGAUCCCACAAAAGUGUAGAAAAUCACAGUCUGUGAAGACAGAAAACUCACUGGACACUUUAAGAACUUCCAUUUCAAGUGAAUAUCUAAGGAAAAAAUCUGUUUUGCCAUCAUCACAAUAGCACAAUUUGUUCAUAAUGGAAAAAACAAACAACACUUUUGCCAUAUCAGUCUCCACUAAUAUGCAUCUGCUAUGAGUCAACAGAAUGAACACGUAGCAGCAUUCAUCAUUUGAGGGAAAGCAGAGGUUUGAACUUAAAAUCAAACACAAUACAGUGAAUUGCUUCUAGUAUUACUGGUCAUUUUUUUCAAUCGAAUCAUUCUUUGUAGCAUAUUUACAUUUUCAUGGCUGAAUUAUAGUGUUUUGCAUGUAUCAUUUGAAAUGAUUGUAUUUCUGUGGAAUAUAAGUGUCAGAAUGCACAUGCAGUUCUCUGAAUAGAGUCCCAGUCUGGAAGCUAUUGUAAGGGUCAUGCAACUACUUAUGGUACCUAUACCCUUGGAUAGAGUACAUUUUUUUAUUGGAUGGAGUUGUAUUUAUGUAAGUUUAAAUGAAUCCAUCAAGACUAUUAUUGAAAUGGAUUUUCAAACAUGGUCAUCUUCUGGGCUUUUCUUUACUUGAUUUACAAGCUGGGCCUUCUUGCAAGUGCUGUGACUGCUGGGUGCUGAUUUACAUCUGCCUGUAUGUAUGCAUAGUUCAGAAAAGGCAGUGCAGUAAAGAAAGGAAGGCCGCAGCCAACCUCAUGAAGGCAAUGGAGUGUUCUUUAUAGCAGGAGGCUCCUCACUCCUGCAAUGAGGUAAAGCAUUCACUAUAGAGAGCUCUUUGGAGUUAAUGUUAUUCACAUUUAUACCUAUCCUUCAGCUCAGAAACUUGUUUUUGAAUAUUCAGAAAGCAUAAUUAAUAUUAGCAAUAUUAUUUAAUGGAAACAAAUGCUCAGUGCUCACAAGAAGAAAAACAUAGAGGAGAGCAUCACCUCACUGCCUUAAAUAGAUGACUGAAGCUAAUAGGGGUCUUGAAUGCUAGGAAUACUCAAAAUAUGACAUUUUCCAGUUCUAAUACUACCUAAAUUUUAUUUUCAGAGUUAAUCUGAUUAAAAUACAAAAUAACAAUUCAUAAAUUAGACAAUUUAAAAAUGAAAAAAUUUUACACAGAAGAAGCUCAGUGUCCUUAAUGGCCAGUAAGAACUUUUACUUCUAGGAACCUAGAUCUAAAACCAAAUUGGUGACAAUCUGAAAGCUUCUGAAAUCAACAGAGCCUUCCUGUUCCUUUCAAAACACUUAAAGUUGGAACUUUAAGCACUUAAAUUAAAACUCUGAAGAAAUAGUUUUGAGACAUCAGUAAACUCGAAGUGCUAAUGUGUGACCUUUAUUCAUAAGAGCUAGAAUGGAAUAAUAAAGUUCCAUUCAAGCUAGGAAAUCUGUAUUCAAUCUUCAAGUAAUUAAACUAACGAAACAUUCUUGAAGUCUGUGAAUGUGCUAAUAAUAAACUACAGGAUUUAGAUGGCUACAGAUAAUUUGUAAACAAUUUCUAUAGGCUUCAUUUAAACACACGUUAUAAUUCUAUAUCAUAAAUACUUCUACUGUUUGUUCUAUAUAUUGUCCAAGAUGCCUAUGAUGAAACAGUGAAGUCUUACUGUUAUCUCCAGUGUUACCAGUAUUGUCUUGUUCAGGAGCAUGCUGUUCACAUAACCUUUAAGUGAAACCAAACAGGGGUUAUGGGGACAAUGGAAGAGAAUUUUUAGUGUUUGGUACUGACAAGUUUAAACAUGAAAAUAUUAUGAUAUGUAAAGAAUAUGGCAUUAAUUUAAAGUAUGUAAAUAAAUAGAUGUGUUAUUUUGCUAUACAGUAAAUACGUACAACAGAAAAUAAACUACCUUAAGAUAUGAAAUGUGAUGGUGUUUUGUUCUCUAGCUUGAGUUCACUUACUUAGGAGGGACUUGUCAGAAGUGCAACUGUUACGGAUACUUUCCUUCUUCUUUCACUUCCUGUUGUACCAAGAGAAAGCAAGUUGAAAGAACAGAAUUUUAGCUACUUUAAAAGCUUUGGGUCAGUUUUCUUUUGGGUCAGCCCAUUUCUGAAUGGUGCUGAACACCCCCAAUUUCUUUUGAAGGUAAAAAUUAAUUAAGAUGGAUAAAGAUACUGAAAUCGCUUCAGUAGCUUUUCUUUGCACCUUUUUCUCUUGAAGCAGCAGAUGCUCCUUUUCUUUCUGAGGACUUGGGGUACCCAAGAACCUGUAGGUGCCCUCCAUAGCUGUCUGCAGGAUGGGCUGCCUGCCUAAAGCCUUUACUCUUCUAUGAAAGCACAGAUAUCAACAGUAAGGCAAAGUCUUUACAUCAAGCUCUGUAGAUUGUAAAAUGCAAUAGGCUGAUUUCCAAGUCCCUCACUUUCUAGACCUAUCACAUAUUGUCUAGUACUGGCAUAUACCACUUCUGCAGGUAACAAAGUAAAACCAGAGGAACAGCAACUGUAUGAAAACUCAGCUGACAUUUUAACAGAGUAGUUCAGUUGGAAGGGACCUUCAAAAAUCACGAAGUCCAACUACUUGACAACUUCAGGGGUAACCUCAACUUAAAGCAUUGUCUAAAUGCCUCAGGCAUUGACAGCCGACAGGCAUAGGGCACUCCCUAGGAAGCCUGUGCCAGUGUUUGACCAUGUUCACAGUGUAGAAAUUUUUCCUAAUGUCCUGAGUGAUCCUAGCAGCUCUGCCACUCCCACCUUGCUAUCAGUUCCAGGAGCAGAGCCAGGCACCUCCUGCUUCCCAUCCUCAGGAAGCAAGGUCAGCUCUCAGCUUCCUCUUCUCCAUCUGGACAGCCCAGUGCCCUCAGCCUCUCCUGACAGGGCAUGCCUUUCACUGUCACAGCUUUUCUGCCCUCCACUGGACGAUUCCAAGGACUUUAACAACCUUUCUUAGUGUGUGGAGCCUAGGUCUGCAACGCCAUAUGCAACGUGAAGCUACACUAAUGUUAAAUAUAGCUAACAACCACCUCUUUUGACCACUUUGCUGUGCAUAAUGCAUCCCACAAUGCAGUUUGGCCUCUUGCCUGCAAGGGCACACUGCUGGUCUGUGCUGAGCUACUGUCAGAGCACCCUAGGUCCCCUCUUGCUGAGCUGCUCUCCAGCCACUCCUCUCCCAGCCAGUGUCUGGCAUUGCUCCGUGUAGAUAUGGGCAGAAAUAUUAUAAACUUUUUACUGCCUGUUUUUUCAAGUGUAUUAUUGACUCCACCUGGAAAACAAAAUUAACAGUCUUACAAGGAGUUAGUCCAAGUGGCAGAUGCUUGUUGUGGAUAGGAGGAUGUUGCUGUUCAUGCAAGUAUUCUGUGGAGAAGUCAGGAACUCAGACUAAGAUUCUAAGAUAUUUAAGCACGUGGUCUAAGAUGAUUUAGCACCUAUAUUAGAUCCUAUUCAUUUCACAAUUUCCAGGAAACGCAUAUAAUUGCAAUUUUGAUUCUUCAUUGCUGAAAACAAGUUUUAAACAUGAAAAUAAGAAACAAUAGAAAAUCAGAAGCUAGAUUAACAAAGAGGAGUUGGGCUAAUGCUUUGAUCUAGUUUGAAAUGAUGAUUUUAGUAAGUCUGCAUUUUUUAUCAUUUACGUUUUAGAUGUAGCUACCAUCUGCUAUUGGAUGUCUGUGAGAAAACACGGAUGUUGGCUGCUCUUAGAAAAUUUAUGUCCAAGCAAGGCUGAAAUCCAAACUUCUUGUUAUUGCUCAAAUGUUCUUUAUGAAAAAAUAACUUCAACACAAAUCCACUAGCGUAAGCAAAGAGGAAAUUAUGGAAAGUUUAUGACGAAGAUCUACUCUUCCAUUUAACUUACCUUAGUGACUCAGUGUGGGAUGAGAUAUUUAAAUACUGACCUCCUCUAGGUUAUUAGGAACUCUUAUGUUGUGUGUUCAAAAAAACUCUUCACCAAAAUAAAAAUUUUAAUUAAUACGUAAAAAAAAAUUGACAGAAGUGAAGCAGAUGGCGUCAUUUGAGAUAUUUUUAAUUCUGCUUCAUUCGGUUAGUAAAAUAAAUAAAUGUUGAAGUAAGUUACUGUUUAAAUGGAAGUAUUUGAGCUUUAAGUCUUCAAAUCAAAUACUGGAUUUUUUUAGAAUUUUCUUCAGUGUGAUUGCAUUCAAACAGAACAAUUUUUCAAGUUUCUGUAAAACGUACCAUAAUAUAGCAUAUUUUUAAUCAAUAAAAUGAAAGUUAGAAUAAAACUACUUAUCAUGAUGAUAAGGAAGUCUGCCAUGUGAUACCAGAGUGCAGCCUUGCAUGAUCUUUUAUUUUAACUAAUUAAUCAAACAAGAGUGCAGUGGAGUAAGAAUUUGGAGAGAUGGUGAAUUUGUUGGGCAGACAGCCAACAAGACUAAUGUUUUCAAACAGAAUUGUAUCAUAGAACAGCUGGGUUGGAAGGGACCUUAAAGUUCAUCCAGUUCCCACCUCCCGCUGUGGGCUGGCUGUCCCCACCAGCUCAGGCUGCUCAAGGCACCAUCGUAGCCUGGCCUUGAACACUACCAGCUCUCUAGGCAGCCUGUACCACUGCUUCACCACCCUUUGAGUAAAAAAAUUUCCCCCUAACAUGUAGUAUAAAUAUCCCUUCUUUUAGUCUAUAAGUGAAUAGUAUUUCAGUUCGUUAUUUUUUCACUGAUUUUUAAGAAGUUGAAGAUACCUAUUGUUUACACGUGUAGUUGAGAGAUUUGUAUUUAAAAAUCCGAUAUAUACAUACCAAAUCUGAUUUUUUUUAAUGUUUCUAAGAUUAGAGGGCAAUUAAAAUGAAAAAAUCAAGUUUAUAGACAAUUAGUCUCAGUCAACGAAGUCUCAUGUAAUGAAACGAAAUGCGGAUUGCAUUUUGCGUGCCUGAUAAAAUACAGACAUGAUCACACAAUCCUGAGAAGUAACGAUCACAGAGAUUCAUGCACUAGAUAGCUAUAGUGGUUUGCAAAUGACAUCAGUUUUCAAAAAUGGUGGAAAGGUUUAGUGAUUCCAGGUUUCAGCUACCCUUCCCAAACACCUCUUCUGCUCUAAUCCCAACUCCUUGGCAUGGCACACCAUGUAUGCAGUAUCACCUUCCCUACACCAGCUGGACAGGAAAGAGUUCUCAAAGCAAAAACCUCAUAGAAAGUUUUUCUUUGAUUGUGUUGGCGCUGAGAGAGAGGUUUGGAGCUGUUGAUAAAAUUGCCAUUGUUGCAAACAUUGUUAUUCAUACAAAAGAACUAUUAAUUGCCUUUGACCUGUAUUUGAGACCUUUAUUUAUGUUCAGGUAGGAGCAAAAGUCAAGGCCUACAGCUUGACUUUUUCAAGAAUUUCACAAUGAGAAUGAAAUAUCUCA